AGAAACUGUAGUGUAAUGACAGUGAGCAGCAGCAGUGGUGGGCUGAGCUUAGAGAAAGCAGCAGACCAUGUCUGUCUCUAACGCACACUCGCAGAGAGUGAAAUAAAAGCUCAGUCACCAGAUAGAGCUGUUGGCUGAAGGCUUCAGGUCUCACUGCGCACUGACAAUGGAGCAGCACGCAUAAACAGUGCUCUCACUGACACACACGCACACGCCAAACUGAGGGAACAUGUCGCAGUACACUAUGCCAGUUCACCUGCAGAUCCUGCUAGCAGUGGGUCUGGCUGUGUUCUGCUACUGUCUGGUCCUCGGCUGCAUCCUUUGCUGUCGCAGAAAGAAGAAGAGUGUUUCCUCAGAGGAUAAGGAGGCAGCCUAUCUAUCUCCUCAUCGUGCUGAGAGAGUGACUGUCACACUGGCUCCGUCUUUGUGCACCCAGCCUGUAAAGCAGCAGUAUGAGGAACUGGAUGGAGAUGUGUUGGAGUUUCCUUCUCCUAAAAGCAGCUCCUCCCCCUCUGAGGAUGACCUCCCUGCUCUGCCUUCUGACCCCAGCCCCAACAGAUCAGCAGAGCAGGUGCAGUCUCCUGGCUCUUCUUUUCCAAUGCGACGCCUGAGCACCCCAGUUGUUCCCUGUUCACCCAGUAAACGUCCAACUCACGGCAGGGCCUCACUACCCUCCCUCACAAAGCUGAGCCUGGUGUCAAAGUCUCGCCGGGCAGUGGGUAGACGCAGCACUGUGAGCGGGGAAAGUUUUCUUUACAGCGAGAGCAGUCAGCUAACAGCGGGUGCUGCUGGAGCCUCCAUCCAGCAAGGGGAGCCAAGUCUGUCACAGUACGGCUCUAACUCUCUCUCCAUACCAUCAAAGUCAGCUCCACUCCUGCACUUCUCCCUACUCUUCUCCUCAACUGGUGGCGCCCUGGUGGUCAACAUCCUUGGGCUCUCAGGGGCCAGCCGGAGGCGCAGUGGGAUCUUUGUGCGGGCCAGCCUCCCUCCCCUCUGCCCCUCCCCUCAGCAGGUAGCAUCGCGGCGCCGCAGCCUCAGCCCAGACCUGCACAGCCAGAGCUUUGUGCUGCAGGUGGGCUCUGUGGACGAGCUGCGUACCUGCACCCUGAGACUGGCAGUGUACAGCAGGGAUUUCUCGGGCCUGAGAGAAGCUGCACUGGGAGUGGUGGAGCUGCCCUGUGAACACAUGGAAUGGGAGCCUGACACCAACACCACCUACACCAGGCAGCUUAUCCCGACUAAAAGCAAGCUGAAAAAGAGUGUGAGUUCUCAGGAGACACUGGGUCACAGGAAGAGCUCUGUGUGUGUGCCACGGGCCUUAGGCCAGCUCUUCAUCCUACUGCAGUACCAGUCUCUGGCAAACCGCAUAAAGGUGAUGGUCCGAAAGGCUGAAAAUCUGGCCAAGCUCACAAGGAUACCAGGAACUCCAGACCAUUACGUCGUGAUCAACUUGCGUCAGGAUGGCAAGGUCAUUGGUACAAAGGAGACUAAAGGGACCAGCGGUUCAAACCCGGUGUGGAAUGCUCCCUUUCUGUUUGACUUGCCCCCCGGUGACAUCACUCAGCUGCCAUUGGUCCUUGAGUUUAUCAUCAUGCAGGGCCGUCUGUACACUAAGAGCAGUAUUCUGGGGCGGGUUCUGAUUGGUGGAGAUGCCUCAGAGGCGGGAAAGGGACACUGGAAGGAGAUGUGCAGUAGGGGGCAAACAGAGACGGCUCGCUGGCACAUCAUCCAAUCAGAGUGACCUGUUGACUGUUUUCUUUUCACAGCCAAAGUUCUAAUUUAUAUCUGUUGUGGAAAUGUGGUAGCUAUGUGCAACCCUGACAGUUUUUCCACAUCUUUGAAUAAGGUAAUGGCCAUAAGUGAAAUAAGUGGCCAUGAUGUUUUUUUGUUCAGGAGAGUCAAAUAUCAGAAAAGCAUCCAUGAGUUUCUGCAGAGCUUCAGAAGGACAAGCAGUGAUUAUUUUGUAUCUCCACAUUGCCUUGUAGUUAUUUAUGUCUGUAUAACGGUAUCACUCCGGCUUUAUGAAACUUGUGCUGAUGUUGUGGUACUGUUUGUGUUGUGUCCAGAGGCUACUGAUUUAAUUUCAACCAGAACUUGACAUUGAAACUUGCAGGGCAAUUGUAUGUCCUCGCUCUGCCUGUGGUUUGCUGUGAUGUAUUUCUGUGCCAGUGUUUGUCCACAUGCUGUAUCUAUUUCCUUACUAACAUGUUUGAGGCUAAUACUGUGGUCUCAGUGUGUGUGGCAGAAUUGUUUUAUAUGUUCAUUUCCUAUGGCUAAUUGAAAGAUUUGUCCUUACAAUGAACAUGAGAGGGCUAUGUUGUGAAUAAUCUUUUACUUUAUCAUAAUCAGUGGUCUGCAUGUUACAUCAAUAAUAUUUCAUCAAAGAGCUCUCCAUUUUUUUUUUACAGAAACUAAAAACAAAUGUAAUGAGAACAAAUGACACAUUUAUAACUGUGCGUGUUUUGCUGUGAAGUCUUUGCUUGUAAGAGGAAGAGUUUGACGGUGAAACUGGAAACUGUCUCAGCGUGGGUUUACAGUUUUCUCUGUCUGUGGAGCACAAUCAAAUAAACAAAACUUUAAAAAGGUG